GACCCAAAUCUCACCGGCAAAUUCGAAUUCCAAAGAUGUUGCAAUUUUCCCCCCAUUUUCGGCGAGCAAAACCCAAAACCAACAUCAUACCCAUUCUCCCCUCAUCAAAACCGUCAUAUGCUGCAAUUUUGGGUAGAUUUGGGGCAAGUUUUCUCCGGUCAAGUCACUGGCGACGAGUCUCUGACGAGCUUCCGACGAAGCUCCGACGACCCCUCUCCGGUCUGCUUUUCGGCCAUUUUUCGCCUUCCUCUCCCGCACCUCACUUCCUCCUACGUCCUACUUGCGUCUCCAGGUUUGUUUUUCAGCUCCACCUUAUUAAUUUGUGGAGAAUCCGAUUAGGUAGUGAAGUGAUGAUGAUUUUUGUGCUUUGCAUGUUGACCUAGAUUUAGGGCGAGGAAUUAGGUGAACUUGGUCGAUUGAAUGGUGAAAUGAUUUUGCAUGAGCUUAGUUGAGCCUUGGUGGGCGUGUUUGAAUCAAAUUGUCUUUUAUUUUCAGAAUUUGCCCACCAAGUGUUGUUUUGUGAAUGCAUGAUAACCUUUAUGCUUGUUUGGUGGAUGGUAGCCACCGUGGUUUGGGUUGUGGUUCAAACUUUCGUAUGAAUGAACCAUGAAAUACCCACAAUCAUGCCACACUGUGCUUAAGAUUAAAUGUUUGAUAUCCGUGGUGGGAAUAUAAGUGUGGGGGAAUCUCUUUUCCUCCCAAUGGGCAUUUUUUAUGAUUGUUUCCACGUAUGGUGUAUGGUUGUCAAUUUUUGCAGGAUGGUUAACGUGGAGCACGAGUACAUCCGCUACCUAGUGCAUCACGCGGAUUUUGGUGACUAGUUCGCCAACCAGAGGGAUAGCCCGAUUGGGCCUCAUUCGCGGCUGGACCUGGACAUGUUCAAUCUGUUCAGGUGUCGAGCCGUGAUGUCCGGGGUGCUUUGUCACCCCCAGUGGCGCCAACUUCUGACGGUGGACUAGCAUACCUACCAUGAGAUCUGCGUGGAGUUCUACUCAAAUUUCUCCCAUGUCGUCCCGGCCAGCAAGAAGAGCCGACCGCGCAUGGAGUUCAUGCUGGGAGGUCAGCCACGAGUGCUGACCUACGACGCCUUUGCUCAGGCCAUGCGACUCGACACCACCCACAUAACGAUGACGGAGCGGCAGUACACAGUGGACUUCAACUAUCAGAGAGCAUUCCGAGCCCUCUGCCGCCCCGAGCAUGAGCACAGCAAUUUUGAGGGGAGCUGCACCAAUGUGGUGAAGCUGAGGUCCCCUUGGAGGAUCCUUCACACUUUGGUCACCCGCUCACUCGUCCACAGCCUCGAGUCCGACCAUAUGAUGACGAACAGAGGGCUAAUUGCACUCUACUUCAUGUGAAAUCCAACGGAGCCGAUCCAUCUCUGAUCUCUGAUCACCACUUCUUUUGCCCGUUGUUUGGGGCAAAACAGAGUGGACACCAUGCACAUGGGGGCCUCAUUACGAGGAUAGCCCGACACUUACAUGUGGAUCUGGCUCGAUGCACCAGCGUCGGGAGGAUGGUUCCCUUCCCAGUGAAGACACUUUACAACUAGAAGCUGGUACUCCAGGGAGAACGAUGAGUGGAGUACCUCGAGGGACUCCAACAAUAAGGAGUCAUCAGAGCAUUAGUUGACCCGGCUCCAGUUGAGCCUGACCCCGAGGUCCCACCACCAGCAGACAACCACCUGCUCGAGCACCCGGCCGCCGCCGGCGUCCCACGCUCCAACGCCCAGCCCAACCAAGCCAGCACCAGCAGAAGGUGAUCUCCUAGUCCAGAGGGUGGAUCUCCUAGAGACGAGCUUCGUGGAAGUCACUUCCAGAUGAGAGGGAGGGUCCAUCCACCCGCAAGAGGUAGCCGACGAGUGAGACAUGUGGCAGAGCCGAUUUAUUUUGCCCCACUUCUCCACUUGUAACCCUGAACUUGUUGUUUUUGUUAUUUUUCUUUCUUUUGUGUGUGUGUGACCAUAAACUACUACUGCUAUUGUGUUUGUAAUAACCUCGCAUCAAGCGAGUCAUAUUGUGUUUGUGUGUGUGUUUUUGUCUCCCCCUGAAGCUUAAAAUAUCCUACCCCCAAAGCGAUUCCAACUUUCACUCAGCAAGCCCAAGCGGUAACAUCAUUCUACCCCUUUCUUACGCCAUUGAGGGCAAUGUCAAGCUUAAGUGUGUGUGUGGGGGGGGGGGGGAGGGUAGUUUACUAUUAUGCUUGUGUGAGUGUGAUUGAUGAUUGGAGCCUUAUGUAUGCCCAAAUUUCAAAAAUUUGAGAGCUCCAAGCAAUGUUUGCAUGAUCAAAGUUUCUGGUGUGUGGGAAAAUCUCGUGUUUAUUAGCAUUUAUCUUGAAUUGUUGCAUGUGAUCGAGUAUAUCCUAUGAUGAUGAUGACUUAGAUAACCUAAUUCGUCUCUUUUGGGUGGCCUCUCCCGCUUUGGAGCGUGGAAACGCGGACUGCAAUCGAAUCGCCCAAAAUCCGUGAAUCUAUUUAUGCUAGAGCGCGAAUCCACAAUCAACGGAGCGUGAAUUCCCUUAAGCUCAAUGUUUAUCCCUCCCAAUGCUGAAUCCACCGACUUUCCACCUUGUUGUUUGUGUUAUUUAUCGUUGUCGAUUGUGGUGGGGAUUCGGCGGAGGGGGUGGUGGUGAAGCUGGGCGGCGGAGGCGGAGAAAGCCGGCGACCUAGCGGCGGAGGCGAAGAGAGUCGGGGACCUAGCGGCAGGUCUCGGAGUUCGGGGACCUAGCGGAGGUUCUCAGAUAAAGCCUUGCCUUUUCACCAACGAGACCUCUCUUGACCCUGCCAUUGAUUAAGAUUUGAAAGUCGGAAACCCCUGAUUUUCAACUUUUGAACGAGAAGGGAAAAGGAUCGGAGGUGCUCUGUUAGCCAUUUAUGUUUUAUAUUAAAAGGGAAGAGACACUCUGAGACAGAAGGGCGAAGGAACGAAGUAGUGAGCCCGAAGGGCGAAGGACCGGAAAAAUAAAUAAAAAAUAUAGGAAAAGAGAGUGGAAAAUUUAUAAUUAAAUAAAUGUUUAUUAAGUUU